CUUUGGCUUAUCUACUUGCUCGGAUGACAUUCAGGGUUAGAUGUGCCGGCUCUUAGCGUCUGAUACCGUUACACGAGUAGCAACCAGUAUCAUCCGAGUUGGAAGCGAGUCAGGGUUUGUGGGUGGUCAGAUCUCAGACUAGGUUUAGCUUCGCUUCCACAUGUCCAUUGUUGAAUGUCUUCGCCGUGGCAAAACAGCUAGAUGAUAUAUGGCCGAGGAAUAUAAAACCUGAGGCCUGAACGGCUAAUAAGGAAUCACGCACACUCCCAAAUAUGACGGAGCCAAAUGAACUCAAGGUUGAAGCCCUCUUGGACAUCAUCAACUCCUCCGCACGCAAAGCAAUGGCAGAAUACAAGAACACUGAACAUGGAGUCCCUAGUGUCGAUGCAGGCACCUUCCACCCCCUCGACUUUGCGACAGAUACACUUGCCCUCAGAAAGGCAAUCAGGCUGCUCGAAGGUGCAUGCGAGCAAUUGAACACAAUACUGGCUCCCCCCCAAAACACGGUAUAUAAUCUUGUUAAUAAUCACAAUUCGGCAUGCAUAGACGUCGUUAUACAAUCACGUAUUGCAGACGUCUUGGACAAACACCCGGAAGGUCUUAGCCUGGAUGUGUUGGCUGACGCAGUCAACCUAGAUAAGACCAAGAUCGCACGUGUGUUGCGCGUUUUGACCCUCAGGGGUUGCUUCAAGGAAGUUAAGCAAGACAUAUUCGCAAACACACGACUCUCCCUCAUGCUCAAGGCAACAAACAACGUCGGGUGUUAUAUAAAAAUUCAGCGAGAACUCCCACAAUAUGGUGCGGUUCUCUAUGAGACUAUGGUCGACCAAGAAUUUGCAAGGUCGGACAAGGUCGACAAAGCCCCUCGGAUAUUUACUCUCAGAAAUGAAAGUAAAAAGGACAGCUUCUGGGUGAUGGACGAUGAGGCACGCGAUGUGUUUCAAAAAAGCAUGAUGGGCUAUUCUGAGAUCCUGAGCUUUUCUACGGUGCUGCAUUAUUACCCUUGGGACAAUGUAUCCUCUGUGGUGGAUGUUGGAUCUGGAAUCGGAGCAAUGUCCAUUCCUCUGGCGAAAAUGUUCCCUCGUCUCAGAAUAACCAAUCAGGAGCUCCCAGAAACUCUAAAGCUGGCAAUAAAUACAUGGGAGAAGAACGCUCCUGAGGUGCUGCUCGAUGGGCGUAUAGAGUUCGUGCCACUGAAUUUCCUGGAGGAGUUACCUGUCGUCGGAAAGGAUGUUUACUACUUAAGGAGCAUCAUUCAUAACUGGCCGGACGAGGAGUCAAGGGUGAUUCUCCGUAAUGUUCGCAAAGCAAUGGGACCAAACAGCCGAGUGUUGAUUCAUGAGUGCGUACUCUCGCGCGCAUUCGAAGAGCCUGAUGUAGAGGCUAACGAGUCCAGCAAGGAUCAUAAGGCGCCCGAACCUACGUUACUGAACUUCGGUAGUCACCUAACACACAAAAUGGACAUGAUCAUGUGGUUUCUUUUCAAUGGCAAGGAGCGAACCUUGAAGGAAUACAAGGCCAUUGGGGCCAGUGCAGGUCUAGUGCUCACCCAAACCUAUGAUCUUGUAGAGACGAUGCUCAUGGAGUUCAGAAUCGCUCAGGACUGAUGCGGAACAUAUUUUGUGAUCUUCUGCUAUUGUACUUUUACCCUCCCCAGUCGAUCGUUCCAUGAUUUAAUCAAGACAACAAUAAUUCUAUCCCAGCGAGAUAUGAUAGGGAAUUAAAAUCAUCCAGAUCAACUGGGGUGUUGUGAACGUCAUUGCCUGCCGCUAUGAGCGCUCAGCGUUCGACUGACGCUCCUUGAGAACUCAAAUUUGACAGGUAGAGCGGGUAACAUAAUAGCUUAUCUUCGGGUCUCUGCAGGUCACUCAACCUUCACAUGCAUUAUACAAACUCUGCGGACACUGUUGCAGCGACUAAAUUCCAGGCAGGUCUAAACUUUUCAAGUUACGCGCACGAUGCCUGUUGGCAACG